AGCUCCUUCCUUCCCUCCCUUUCUUUUUAUCAGUGGGGUUGGGGGAUAUGAUGCCUCUAGCCUUAGGCUCUCCUUCAGCUCUCCCUUCUGACCUAAAACCCCAAACCCCAAACCUCCCCCUCCUGCAAAUUCCCUUCCUCACUGCUUCUGCACUUACCCUUGCUGGCUCCUUCUAGUCCAGGGUCCCAUCUCUGCAGCCCAGCUGCUGGGUCCUGAGCUUCUUGGACCCAGACCCUGACUUCCCUCCCAGUCCCAGAAGUGAAAGUCCCUGGAAUUAGGCCUGAGGCCCCAGGCUCCCCACAGCUGCUCUCAGCAGCCCAUUUCCCCCACCCCCACCCCAGGUUUCAGCCUCUCUGGUCCCCUACCCCCGGGGGUCUCUGAAUUCUGCCCAGGGGCUUUUGCUUGGUCUGCAGAACUGGGGCCUUUAAGCAUCUCAGUCUAGGGAUCUUUCUUUCCCUAGAGGACCCCUGUCCUGCCCCCAGAUUUGUUUUUCAUGGGUCUACACUCUCCCUGGGGCACAAUUUUGUCUGGUUUCUGUGGCCAGAAUCUGGAGAGUUUAGGUUUUUCUGACCUACACUGCCAUCUUCCCACAAUCCUCUCCCACUACUACAUAUCUUUAAAAGGACACCACUCUACUUCAAUUAUCACACUUAAGAGCACUUUUAUCAAUUUUCUCCUACUCUUCAGUAAUUGUCCUGGCUUUCAAAUCAAGCAACACAUUUUCAUUCUCAGUCUUUCUCUACUUCAGCAGAAGUCAAACUUGCCCAUCUGAAGCUGGCACGGGGGGCUCUGAGAACUAACUGCAUCCGGACCUUGCAGCCUUGUAGGACACCUGCACAGGUCUGACUUUUGAAGGAUUUCCUCUUCUAGAAGAAAGAAAUAUGGAGGAGAAAGGCAUGGUCCCCAUGAUGGGAACAUCCAUGUGCCAGGAAUCAGUGACGUUCAAGGAUGUGGCUGUGGACUUUACCCAGGAUGAGUGGGGACAACUGAACUCUGCCCAGAGGGAAUUGUACCGGGAUGUGAUGCUGGAGAACUACAGGAACCUGGUCUCCCUGGGGCUUCCAGUUUCCAAACCAGAAGUGAUUUCCCAUUUGGAGAGAGGAGUCAUACCAUGGAAAUUGGGGAAAAAACUCCCAAGAGAUACCUGUCCAGAGUUCUUUAGUUGGGAGAUUGAUUGUGAAAGCACAGAGUCACUUUCACCCCAGAGCAUUUCUGUGGAAGAGCCCUUCGAGGAAGCACUCAGGAAGAAUGGUACCUGGAUUUCCAAGCUAGGAGAAGACUGGGAAUGUAAUCUCAAAUUAAAUCAACAAAAAUCUUACCAGAAAAGACAGUCCCAUCAAGUGACAGUCAACCCCAGAAAAGGCUCUACCGAAAUUAAGGUCGAUGAAUAUAAUACAUUUGAAACAAACUUCAGCCUGGGACCAAUCCUUUUUGUCCAGCAGAGAGACUAUACAGAAGGAACUCUACAUAAAUAUGAUAAAUCUAUAGAAAACUUUAAGCAAUAUUCAGACCAAAUUAAGCAUCAUGGAAUUAUUUUUGAGAAGAUUUGCAAAUACAAUCAACAUAGGAAGUCAUUCUGUUAUCAUUCAGGUCUCAAUAAAUAUGAUGGAAAAUAUGUUGAGGAAAAAACAUCUAAUGGCAGUAAAUUUCAGAAAGUCUUUAGAAACACCUCAUCCUUUUCAAAUAAUAAGAAAGUUCGUACUGCUGAGAAACCCUUUCUUUGCAGCGAGUGUGGGAGAGCCUUCAGCCAGAGAGGAAACCUCACUGAGCAUCAGAGAACUCAUACCGGAGAAAAGCCCUUCGAGUGUCACGAAUGUGGGAAGUCUUUUAGUCGUAGCGCACAUCUUACUGAGCAUAAGAGAAUCCACACUGGGGAGAAACCCUUUGUGUGCAGCGAGUGUGGGAAAGCCUUCAGCCGGAGCGGACACCUUACUGAGCACAGGAGAGUGCACACGGGAGAGAAACCCUUUGAGUGUCACGAGUGUGGGAAGGCCUUUUGCUGGAGCGGACAGCUUACUGAACAUAAGAGAAUCCACACUGGGGAGAAACCCUUUGAAUGUAACGAAUGUGGGAAAUCUCUUAGCAACAACUUUUGCCUUACUCUGCAUCAGAGAAUCCAUACUGGAGAGAAGCCCUUUGAAUGUAAUGAAUGUGGGAAAUCCUAUAGCCGCAGUGGACACCUUAUUGAUCAUAAAAGAAUUCAUACAGGAGAGAAACCCUACAAGUGUAAUGAAUGUGGGAAAUCCUUCAGCCAGAGAGGACACCUUACCAAACAUCAGAGAAUUCACACUGGAGAGAAACCCUUUAAAUGUAAUGAAUGUGGGAAAUCCUUCAGCCAGAGGGGAAAUCUUACAGAACACAAGAAAAUCCAUGCUACUGUGAAGCCCUUUGAAUGUAAUGAAUGUGGGAAAGUUUUCAGUAGGAAAUCUUACCUUCGUCUACAUCAGAAAAUCCAUCGCUUACAGAAAACCAUCGACUGUACUUGAUGGGGGAGAAGACUUCCACUGUAGUUAUUGCCUUAUUUGAUAUGAGUAAAUGGUUAAGUGAGUUAAUGAGUGAAAAAGCAUUUAAGCACUUUCUAUGGAUAAAACAAUGUGUUUGGGAAGGGGACAAGUUACAGAUAGAAAAUCAAGAUGAUUCCUGUGCUCGAGCUUAUAUUCUAAUGGGGGAAACAGACUUAUUUAGGAUAUUUCAGGUGCAAGUUAAAUGUAAAACUCCAGUGGUUCUUAGAGUAGAACAGCAAAGCAUAUGGUAAUGCCAUUUCUUUAAUAUUAUUUUCACUGAUAAAACUAUAUCCAUUUCUGAUAUUGAACCACUUGACAUCAUUUACCGUGUCUGAGAGUCGAAAAAGCUUAGAGCUGACCCAAUCUGUACUUUACCAUCAAUUCCUUCUACUUGUUAGCAAUAGUAAUUUUAUUGUGUUGCUAUUUAUGUUAAGUCAAAUUUUAUGGAGUAUUUUUGUACUUAGGUACACUGGAAAAAUUAACAUGUUCAUGUAACAGGUCCAUUGGAAUAAGUGUUUUAAUCCAAGAGCCAGCAUAAACCAACAAGAAGCACACAUGGUGAAAAUAGCUACAAAACAAGAAUCCUGAUUCUCUCCACUUUUAUUUGAUGUCAAAUUGGGAGUUCUAACAAGUUUAAUUAGACAGAUAAUAAAUAAGUUAAAGGGAUUAACCUGAAAAUGAAGAGGUUGAAAUAGCAUUCUUUGCAAAAAGCAUGGGAGCAUAUGAAAGAAAUCCAUUUGUUUCAAAUAAAAAAUCAGUGGAGAUAGUAUAUAGAAUCAGCAAGGUUAUAGAUGAGCAGAUUAAUGCACAGCAUCCUUAACUCUUAUUUUCUAGCAGUUGAAAUCAAGGUGAGGAUAGGGAACAAUGCACACAUACACCCCCCCACACCAUUUAUGAUAAUAAAAUCCAUUAAAUAUUUGGCAGUUAACUAUCUAGAAAUAUUAAGACAAAUAUAAAACUAUAUGACUUUUAAAAAAAAAUCAUUGAAGAGAGUUUACAAUAAGUUCCAGAAAAUAACUUUACCUAGAAGGAAGAAAAUCAAAUAAGGUCUUAAUUGUGAAAGAAUUUUUCCAUUCCUCAAAUAGGAAAAAAAAAAAAAAAGAGUAGGAAAAUAUACAAAAAUGGCAGGCAAAAAAUUUACAUCUAAAACAAAUCAGUUAACAAUGGAGAGAUGGUCAAAGAAUAUUAAAAAGGCAUCAUUUGAAAGGGGAAAAGCUAAGAAUCCUAAGGAAUUCAAAACAAUGAUUGAUACUACUUUACUACUACCAAGUUUGCCUCGUUCCCCUAUCCCCCCCAAAAGUAAAAACAGUGUAACUGGACGCUGACCAGGUUGUGAAAAACCAGGUCUAUUUGUGAAUCUUUUUUUUUAAUGGAGGACAAUCUGCAUGUCAUAAAAGUUAUAAAUAUAAUCAUGUCCAUCGACUCAGUAAUUUCAUUAUUUGCAAUAUUCCUUGACUGUGUUGUCAGAAAUUUCAAAAUUUGGGAAAUGUUCGUUAUCACUUCCCCGUUAUAACUGGAAUGUAAAAUGUUCAUUUAAACAAUAAAUUAUUGUUGU